AUGAUUACUGAUUUUGAUAAAUGGAAUUGGCGUACAGAUCAGCCCCGAACAUUUCACCCCUUGUCAUGGGAAACUCGUCGUGAACCUAUUGAGUGCGCCGCCGCAGUGAACGUGUUGCGAGAGAAUGAGGCCAUCGAGCGAUCGGAGUGGGAGAGGUCUAGACUGGCGUAUCUAUUAGGUGAGAAUACUGACGUUUUUGAUGUUGUCGGAGAACCGACACCAUUCGCCAAACACCAUAUAGAUACCGGUGACCACCCGCCGAUUGCUGUGCCCCCGUAUCGGGUCACGCCUGCGAAGAAGGAAAUCAUGCGCGCCGAGUUAGACAAGAUGCUGGCUGAUGGUGCGAUUGAGGAGUGCGAAUCCGCCUGGGCCGCGCCAUGCGUCCUGGUACCGAAGUCUAAUGGUACCUAUAGGUUUUGUGUAGACUAUCGCAAGCUAAAUGGGGUUACAAAGACAGACGCAUACCCCAUGCCACGUAUCGACGAGCUGUUACAGUCGGCCAAGAACGGCUGUGUGAUGAGCUUGCUAGACCUCCGUAGUUGGGUACUGGCAGGUUAUUACAGCGGAUAG